ACCAACAGUUACAACUUACACGAGCUUAGUCAUCUUGACGACGACAGCCUAUCUUACUACGAUUGUCCACUCCUACACAAAAACUGAGGAUUUUGCCGUUCAGAAAUCCAGUUCGGGUGACCAGAAGUUCAAGGCUAGCCAGCCUUUCAAAUAGGAGGCACAGAGUCCUCAAAAGGAGGAGGCACAUCGUACGCUUUUCCUUGUGCUGCUACUGCGCCGAAGUGACGCAAAAGCAAUGGUGCUUGGGCCUUUCCAUUUGGCCACUCUGCUCCUUCUCCUCGUGCCUGCGGGCCGUGGCGUCACGGCCACCGGCAGCGAUGGCGUCCGGUUCGUCUACAACGGCUUCAAGGGCGCGAACCUCACCCUCGACGGCGCGGCCACGGUGACGGCGAACGGCCUCCUGAUGCUGACCAACGGCACCCUCCAGAUGAAGGGCCACGCGUUCCACCCGUCUCCCCUGCCGUUCCGGGACCCGGACGCCCGGAACGCCACCGCCGCUCGGUCCUUCUCCACCACCUUCGUGUUCGCCAUCUUUGGGCAGUACGCCGACCUGAGCAGCAACGGCCUGGCCUUCUUCGUCUCCGCGAGCAGGGAGGUGCUAUCCACCGCGCUGCCGGGUCGGUUCUUGGGCCUCCUCAACGACACCGACAACGGCAACCGGAGCGCCCACAUCUUCGCCGUGGAGCUCGACACCAUCUUCAACGCCGAGUUCAAUGACAUCAACAGCAACCACGUCGGCGUCGACGUUAACAGCCUGAAGUCGAUCGAUGCCAGUGACGCCGGGUACUACGACGACGGCACGGGGCAAUUCCAGAACCUGACCUUGAUCAGCCGGAAGGCCAUGCAAGUCUGGGUGGACUACAACGGCGGGGCCAGGAAGGUCACCGUGACCAUGGCCCCUCUGGGCGUGGCCAGGCCCAAGAAGCCGCUGCUCCAGACCGCCGUCGACCUCUCCGACGUGGUGCAGGGCACGGCGUACGUUGGGUUCACGUCGGCAACGGCCGUCCUCUUCUCGCGCCACUUCGUGCUCGGCUGGAGCUUCGCGCUGGACGGUCUGGCCCCGGCACUGAAAAUAUCAGCUCUUCCAGCCUUGCCGCCUGCAGGGCCCAAGCCUGGGUCGAAGGUGUUGGAAAUCGUGCUUCCCAUAGCAUCAGCAACGCUGGUGUCGGCCGUGGGUGUCGCGAUUUACUCCCUGGUGCAGCGGCGGCUCAAGUAUGCCGAGCUGCACGAGGACUGGGAGGUCCCAUUCGGACCGCACCGGUUCUCGUACAAGGACUUGUUCCAUGCGACCAAGGGGUUCGGUGACAAGCAAUUGCUCGGGGCAGGAGGGUUCGGAAGUGUGUACAGGGGCGUUCUCCGCAAGUCCGGCAUGGAGAUUGCGGUGAAGAAGGUGUCACAUGAGUCCAGGCAGGGCAUGAAAGAGUUUGUUGCUGAGGUCGUGAGUAUUGGACGACUGCGGCACCGCAACCUCGUGCAAUUACUCGGCUACAGCCGGCGCAAAGGUGAACUUCUUUUGGUCUACGAUUACAUGCCGAAUGGUAGCUUGGAUAAAUAUUUGUAUGAUCGAAGCAAGGGUACACUAGAUUGGCCUCAUAGAUUCCACAUCAUUAGAGGAGUGGCAUCCGGACUACUGUACCUACACGAGGAUUGGGAGCAAGUCGUCAUCCAUCGAGAUGUUAAGGCAAGCAAUGUGCUACUGGACAACGAGAUGAAUGGGCGAUUGGGAGACUUCGGCCUCGCGAGAUUGUAUGAUCAUGGAGCUGAUGCACAGACAACACAUGUGGUCGGCACUAUGGGGUACCUAGCCCCUGAAUUUGGUCACACCGGCAAGGCAACUCCGGCAACCGAUGUCUUCGCUUUCGGUGCGUUCCUUCUGGAAGUCACUUGCGGACGAAGGCCAAUCGAGCAAGAUGAGCAGAGCAAUCGUAUUGUCCUCGUCAAUUGGGUAACCGAGCAUUGGCGCAAAGGUUUCAUCACUGAGGCAGCGGACACGAUGACACCAAGUGGGUUUAACCCUGAAGAGGUCUCUCUAGUGCUAACGCUUGGGUUGCUGUGCUCACACCCAUUGCCGAACGCAAGGCCAACCAUGCGGCAAGUCAUGCAGUAUCUCGACGGCGACAUGCCCCUUCCGGACUUGUCACAUACGUACCUCAGCUUCGCCAUGCUGGAGCGGAUGUAUGGCAGGGAGUUCAACCAGAUUCUGAAGCCAUGCAUCUCAUCGGCGAGCGUGGGUGCCAUUUCUGAUCUCUCGGGGGGAAGGUAAUAAGGUGUUUGUGUUAGGACUGUAGUUGUUAAACUACACGGGUUAUUGUCUAUUUUGUUGUGGGUUCUUGUGUGCAGUGAGGUUAUAUGUCAUCAUUAACAAAAGAUAACUAUUAGUCACCUGAUUUCUUUUUGUCAAUAGAGAGAAGUGUAUCAUUAUGUUCGUCA